AUGUCGGACAUGACAUCAAAAGAGAGGUGUGAUGAAGUUUCGGAGGAAGACGAUCAGCCAGCAGCUACUGUGAAUCAAGUACAUCACAAACCUCCGCCCGAUGGAGGGUGGGGAUGGGUCGUUUGUCUCGGAGCAUGGAUGGUGAAUUUCUUAACAGUAGGGCAGCAGAAUGCAGCCGGUGUAGUGUACUCGGCGCUUUUGAACGAAUAUUCCACAAAAAGAGGGGAAACAGGUAGAGUUGCCUACACAUUAAACCAAACUAAAAAUGUUCGGAUUUUGUUGAAUACUCAGUCUAGUCAUUUUGUUUCUUUAUUUUUCAAAACGACUCUCCGGUAAACGGAAACUGAAAUGUGAAUCCAAGCGGUAUGUGUGCGCAAUACAACAUUUCGUGGUUUUCUUCGCUAUUUUGACCAUCAUUUAAUUUUAAUUGAAAGUCACUUUUCCUAUCUUGAAUUUUUUAAACCUUCCCUUUAAGGUCUGGCGGUCAUAUUUAUCGAGUAAUUUUUGCACAACUUAAGACGUGACCUAAUAAAGUGUGAGAUCAAAGCCCCUUUCUAUUUUCGUAUUAGCAGAAGCUUCCGGUUAAGAGAUCACGAAUUUGCGCCAUCUGACGCACAGAGUACACUUGAAUAUUGGAAAUCGUUCAAACACAAUCGUGACAGUUUAUGUAAAAGGUCGCUUUAGAUUAAACCGUGUUUUAUUCCUUGCGAUUUCCCUUCACAAUCUGUUGGCUAUAUCUAUCUACAACUCAGUCUAGUCAUUUUUGUUUCUUUAUUUUUCAAAACGAUUCUCUGGUAACCGGAAACCGAGAUGUGAAUCAAUGCAGUAUGUGUGCGUAAUACAACAUUUUGUAGUUUUCAUUUUAAUCGAGAGUCACUUUUUCUACCUUGAGUUUUUAAACUUCCCUUUUAUGCUCUGUUUUAUAAUUUUCUAGUAAUUUCUGCACGACGCAAGAAGUGACUUAUAAAGUGUGAGGUCAAAGCCCCUUUCUAUUUUCGUUUAAGUAGACGCUUCCGGUUAAGAGAUCUAGAAUUUGCCCUAUCGGACGCACAGAGCACAUUUGAAUAUUGGAAACCGUUUACAAGUAAUCGUGACAGUUUAUGUCAAAGGUCACUUUAGAUUAAACCGAAUUUUACUCCUUGUGAUUUCCCUUCAAAAUCUGUUGGCUAUAACCAAUCAGAGUAAGAACUACAUGUCCAUUUAAAAGCCUGAUUAAUAGCUGAUAAGAACGAGCAGCUUUUUUAAACGGCCUGACUAAAAAAGUCUCCAUCGCGACAUUCACAAAGUCCGUUCUGUUGUUCUUUAGUCGUUGUCUUUUUACCAAGCCUACAUUGCUAAUCCAGGUCUAUCGUGUCAUUUCAUGGUCCACAGCUUUGAAACUUAACUUGGCCUAAUGAGCAUAGCCCGACGUAAAAAAAUAAAACAUGAGAACAAUAUUAUCUUCCUAGAUGGAAAAGUUUGUCAAUUGAGUAAAUAGCUUAUCAUCUUUCUCAACAGCUUGGGUUGCCUCGCUGGCGUCCAGUAUGAUGUAUCUGUUCGCUGCUGUGGGUACCUCUCUCGCUGAACGUUUCGGAAGCCGAUUGGUUGUCAUCAUUGGAUCUUUCGUCUCAGCUUCAGGCCUCCUUGCCAGUUCCUUCGCAACAACGCUCACACCCCUGUAUGGAAGCUACGGAAUUAUAUGGGGUCUGGGAGCAAGUCUGGGCUUAUUUCCCUCGCUCGUGAUACUAACAAAGUACUUCAGGAGGCGUCUUGCCCUUGCAUCUGGGAUGGCUCUGGCGGGAGCCGCUUGUGGCACUCUGGUAUAUGGGCCUGUGAUACAACUUCUUGUAUCAAAGUACGGGAUUUCAGUUACAUUUCGGAUUCUUGCCGCCGUUCAGAGUUUAAUGUUUUUAAGCGGAUUGAUAUUUCGACCUGUGGAGAGCCAUAAGGCCCGACGAGACAGAGAAAGAGAAAAAAACGGCAACAUUUUCAAGAACAAAGCGUACGUCAUCUGGGUUGCUUCGCUUUGUGUGUUCAUGCUUGUGUUCCUCGUGCCUUUUGUUCAUUUGGUAAGUUAAGCAUACAUAAAUUGUUUCUUCCCUCACUAUCCACAGCCUCCAGUUCCAAGAAGUUGCUUUCAGUUAGUUGAGAACAUUCAGGUUUCAUUUCUGUUUGAUAAUUUCCUGUGUUUCAGUCUCACUGAGAGAAAGUUUGUUUCUACUUCUCUUGAAGGCUGCUCGCAAAUAUGCGAAAAAUAAGAGUCUUGUACUUAAAUAGUGCUGACGGUUCAUCAUAGCCUGGGCUUAUUCCGUUUUCGAGCCGUGAAGGAACCAAAGUAUUGCCUCUCCUUUAAAUUUGUCCAUAGCGGUGAACGAAUCAAUUCCUCUGACAGUUUGCUGGUUUUCCUUUACACUACGUGGGUGGAGAGGCAGUGAGGGUGAAAAGUCUCUUUGCCAAAGAAAACAAGUGAACAUAAAUUUAAUUUUGUUCCCAAGGAAAAAAUCUCCUCUAUUUUGUAGUCUAAUUAUGUUUACUGAACAAAAUUGAGGCGACCUUGUAAAUUGAACAGAUCUGCAGUGAUUCAUGGUCAGUAUUCAUGUAUCAUAUCAAGACGAUGACUAAAUCAAAUUGGUUUUCGCGACUGUGGAGCGUUACUUUAAUACCUGAAUUUGUUCCUUCUUUGUUUAGGUUCGCUUUACAGAGGACAAAGGCAUCAACACGACCAAAGCCUCUCUUCUAACAGGUUAUAUGGCCUUUGGAGUACUUAUGGGAAGUAUCGCCUUUGGUAUUGCGUGCGAUCAUCCGCGAUUCAACCGCCUCAAGGUCUGCCAGCUCUCUCUCCUUCUCAUAGCUAUUUCUUCCUCCCUUGUCACCAUGGCGAAUAAAUAUGUCUGGAUUUGUGUGUACGCGUUCACUUUUGGUGUUUUUGAUGGAUGCUACGAGAUGCUUGUUCCGGUGAUCACGCGGGAUAUCGCAGGCUCUCAAAGAGUAGCGCACGCCAUCGGUUUGCUUUACUGUAUGAUGGCCUUUCCAAAAACGCUCGGCCCACCAAUCGCUGGUUGGCUUUUCGACUUAUCCAAUGACUACAGUGUUUCUUUUUAUGUCACUAGCGCUGUAACCAUUAUUGCAACAGCCGUCAUGUUCCUUCUCAAUUGGGUUCCACUCCACAAAGAUCGCAUGGAGAUGGAAGAAAAUGAAAUGCACUCUCCGAAAAUCACAGACGAACCUUCUCACGAAAGCGUCUACGAUGGCCUCGGGAUAAACUUAACACCAGAAUCCGACGACUCCGUAACUCGCAGGUGGCUGCCAAUUUACUGGGUAGAAAGUCGCGGAGAAUAUGAAUAUCGCGAAAAGCUGACAGUGCUGUGA